UCUCGGCUUUAUUGUGAAUUGGUCCUUUGAGGGAGCAGGAGCAGCUGCAGGAGAUAAUGAGAUGGCAAGAAAGAAAUUGAAAAAAUUUACCACACUGGAGAUUGUGCUCAGCGUUCUUUUGCUUGCAUUGUUCAUCAUUGCUGUCGUUCUAAUUGUUCUUUUAGCCAAAGGUCCUGCAGAAUCAAAAGGUCCUGAGACAACCCCAGAUGCUGCAUGCCCAGUGAUAGAUGAACUGGAACUGAUAAACUGCAUCCCUGACCAGCCACCAACAAAGGCCACAUGUGACCAGCGUGGCUGCUGCUGGAAACCUCAGGGAGACAUAAAUAUUCCUUUGUGCUACUAUUCCAAGAAUCAUGGCUACCAAAUGGAGGGCAAUACUGUAAACACAAAUGCAGGAUUCACAGCCCAGUUGAAAGGUCUGCCUUCUUCACCCUUGUUUGGAAAUGAUAUUGAGAAUGUCCUCCUCACAGCAGAGUACCAGACAUCUAACCGCUUUCACUUUAAGUUGACUGACCAAACCAAAAACAGGUAUGAAGUACCGCAUGAACAUGUACAGCCCUUCAAUGGGAAUGCUGCCUCUUCCUUGAACUAUCAAGUUGAGGUCUCCAAACAGCCAUUUAGCAUCAAAGUGACUAGAAGAAGCAACAGUCGUGUCCUGUUUGACUCAAGCAUCGGGCCCCUCCUGUUUGCAGAUCAGUUCCUGCAGCUCUCCAUUCGCCUGCCAAGUGCUAAUGUGUACGGUUUGGGGGAGCAUGUGCACCGACAAUACAGGCAUGACAUGAAUUGGAAGACUUGGCCCAUAUUUGCCAGGGACACAAUUCCCAAUGGGAAUGGAACUAACUUGUAUGGUGUGCAGACAUUCUUCCUGUGCCUUGAAGAUGCUAGUGGAUUAUCCUUUGGGGUGUUUCUGAUGAACAGCAAUGCCAUGGAGGUUGCCCUCCAGCCAGCUCCAGCAAUCACUUACCGCACCAUUGGGGGCAUUCUUGACUUCUAUGUGUUCUUGGGAAACACUCCAGAGCAAGUUGUUCAAGAAUAUCUAGAGCUCGUUGGACGGCCAACCCUGCCUUCAUACUGGUCACUAGGAUUUCACCUCAGUCAGUAUGAUUAUGGAACAUUGGAUAAAAUGAAAGAAGUUGUGGACAGAAACCGUGCAGCACUACUCCCUUAUGAUGUUCAACAUGGUGAUAUUGAUUAUAUGGAUAAGAGGAAGGACUUCACUUAUGACCCAGUGAACUAUAGAGGUUUCCCUGAUUUUGUUAAGGAGUUACACAAUAAUGGACAGAAACUUGUCAUCAUUAUGGAUCCAGCCAUCUCCAACAACUCUUCCUCAAGUAAUCCCUAUGGUCCAUAUGACCGGGGUUCAGCAAUGAAGAUAUGGGUGAAUAAUUCAGAUGGAGUGAAUCCACUCAUUGGGGAGGUCUGGCCUGGAAAAACUGUGUUUCCUGAUUAUACCAAUCCCAACUGUGCUGUUUGGUGGACAAAGGAAUUUGAGCUUUUCUACAAGCAAGUGGAGUUUGAUGGAAUCUGGAUUGAUAUGAAUGAAGUUGCCAACUUUGUUGAUGGUUCAAUCUCAGGAUGUUCCAGAAACAAUCUCAAUUAUCCACCAUUCACUCCCCGAGUUCUAGAUGGGUACCUGUUCUCCAAGAGUCUAUGCAUGGAUGCAGUGCAGCACUGGGGCCAACAGUAUGAUGUCCAUAACCUGUAUGGCUACUCUAUGACAAUUGCCACAGCAGAAGCUGUCAAGACUGUGUUUCCAAGCAAGAGAAGCCUCAUCAUAACUCGGUCUACCUUUGCGGGAUCUGGCAAGUUUGCAGCCCAUUGGUUAGGAGACAAUGCAGCCACCUGGAACGACCUUCAGUGGUCCAUCACUGGCAUGCUUGAGUUCAACCUUUUUGGUAUCCCAAUGGUGGGUGCAGACAUCUGUGGCUUCUCGUUGGAUACCUCGGAGGAGCUCUGCAGGCGGUGGAUGCAGCUGGGAGCAUUUUAUCCGUUUUCCAGAAAUCAUAAUGACAAAGGCUUCAAGGACCAAGACCCUGCCUUCUUUGGAGCUGACUCCUUGCUGUUGAAUUCCUCCAGGCACUACCUUAACAUCCGCUAUGCUCUAUUGCCUUACCUCUACACGCUCUUCUACCAUGCUCAUAGCCGGGGGGACACAGUGGCCAGGCCACUUCUGCAUGAAUUCUAUGGAGACAACAACACUUGGGGUGUGCACCGACAAUUUCUGUGGGGGCCGGGCCUCCUCAUCACUCCAGUUCUGGAAGAGGGUGCAGAGAAAGUGACAGCAUAUGUUCCUGAUGCUAUCUGGUAUGACUAUGAGACUGGAGGCCAAUUGGAAUGGAGAAAGCGAAGCAUUGAGAUGGAACUUCCUGGAGACAAAAUUGGACUUCAUUUACGAGGAGGCUACAUCUUUCCCACGCAACAGCCAAGUACAACCACUAUGGCCAGUCGGCGGAAUCCUCUGGGUCUCAUCAUUGCCUUGGAUGAGAACAAAGAAGCCAAAGGAGAGCUCUUUUGGGAUGAUGGGGAAUCCAAAGACACCUUCCUCAAUAAAAUUUACCUUUUAUGUGAGUUUUCUGUCACCCAAAACCACCUGGAUGUGAAGAUUUCUCAGUCAACCUACAAAGACCCCAAUAACUUAGCAUUUCAGGAGAUUAAAAUACUUGGGACACAAGAACCUGCCAAUGUUACAGUGAAACAAAAUGGUGUCCCAACUCAAGCUUCUCCUAAAGUCACGUAUGAUCCUAACCUGAAGGUUGCUGUUAUCUCAGAAAUUAAUCUUGUUCUGGGAGAAGCAUACACAGUGGAGUGGAGCAUAAAAAUAAGGGAUGAAGAAAAAAUAGACUGUUACCCUGAUGAGCAUGGUAUUUCUGAAGCAAACUGCAUUGCCCGUGGCUGUGUCUGGGAGGAAUCCAGUUCUCCUGGGGUCCCUUUUUGCUAUUUUGUCAACGAUUUGUACGCUGUCAGUAACAUUCAGUAUGACUCACAGGGGGCCAGCGCUGACAUCUCCUUAAAGUCUUCUCUUUACACCAACACCUUCCCCUCCAGCCCUGUGAAUCCCCUCCGCCUGCAAGUGACCUACCAUAAGGAUGAAAUGCUGCAGUUUAAGAUUUAUGACCCCAACAACAAUCGCUAUGAGGUCCCAAUCCCACUGAACACACCCAGGGUUCCUUCCAGCACCUCCCAGAAUCGACUCUAUGAUGUCCUCAUUAAGGAGAAUCCUUUGGGGAUUGUGAUUCGCCGGAAGAGUACAGGUGCUGUAAUUUGGGACUCACAGCUCCUGGGCUUCACCUUCAAUGACAUGUUCCUCCGCAUCUCCACCCGCCUGCCCUCCUCCUACAUCUAUGGUUUUGGGGAAACGGAACACAGAACCUUUAGGCAAGACCUGAACUGGAACACAUGGGGCAUGUUUUCCAGAGACCAGCCCCCUGGGUACAAGAUGAAUUCGUAUGGUGUCCACCCCUACUACAUGGGACUCGAGGAGGACGGCAGUGCCCACAGUGUGCUCCUGCUGAACAGCAAUGCCAUGGAUGUGACUUUCCAGCCCAUGCCUGCCCUGACAUACCGCACCACAGGGGGAAUUCUGGACUUUUAUGUGUUCUUGGGCCCAACUCCAGAGCUUGUUACUCAGCAGUACACUGAGAUGAUUGGUCGACCUGUUAUGGUGCCUUAUUGGGCCCUGGGGUUCCAGCUGUGUCGCUAUGGAUAUGAGAAUGAUGCUGAGAUCGCCAGCCUGUAUGAUGAUAUGGUGGCUGCCCAGAUCCCCUAUGAUGUGCAGUACUCAGACAUCGACUACAUGGAGCGGCAGCUGGACUUCACCCUCAGCUCCAAGUUUUCUGGGUUUCCAGCUCUGAUCAAUCGCAUGAAGGCCGAUGGGAUGCGGGUCAUCCUCAUUCUGGACCCAGCCAUUUCUGGCAAUGAGACCCAGCCCUACCCUGCCUUCACUCGAGGGAUGGAAGAUGACAUCUUCAUCAAGUACCCAAAUGAUGGAGGCAUUGUCUGGGGGAAGGUCUGGCCUGAUUAUCCUGAUAUUGUUGUUAACAACUCUCUUGACUGGGAGAGUCAAGUGGAGCUAUAUCGAGCUUACACGGCCUUCCCUGACUUUUUCCGCAACUCAACUGUCCUGUGGUGGAAGAGGGAAAUUGAAGAGCUGUACAGCAAUCCACGGAAUCCAGAGAAGAGCUUGAAGUUCGAUGGCAUGUGGAUUGAUAUGAAUGAGCCAUCCAGCUUUGUGAAUGGAGCUGUCCCUUCAGGUUGCACAGAUGCUAAUCUGAACCAUCCUCCCUACAUGCCACAUUUGGCGGACAGGGACAAGGGCCUAAGCAGCAAGACCCUGUGCAUGGAGAGUGAGCAGAUCCUCCCAGAUGGCUCCAGAGUGCGUCACUACGAUGUGCACAGCCUGUAUGGAUGGUCUCAGACGAGGCCCACCUACGAUGCUGUGCAGGAGGUGACAGGACAGCGAGGAGUUGUCAUCACCCGCUCCACAUUCCCCUCCUCUGGCCGCUGGGCAGGACACUGGCUGGGAGACAACACGGCUGCAUGGGACCAGCUGAAGAAAUCUAUUAUCGGCAUGAUGGAGUUCAGCCUGUUUGGCAUAUCCUAUACCGGGGCAGACAUCUGUGGGUUCUUUCAAGAUGCCGAAUAUGAGAUGUGUGCUCGCUGGAUGCAGCUGGGGGCCUUUUACCCCUUCUCCAGGAACCACAACAGCAUCGGCACCAGGAGACAAGACCCUGUAUCCUGGGAUGCUGCCUUCGUGAAUAUUUCCAAAAGUGUGUUGGAGACCAGAUACACCCUGCUACCGUACCUGUAUACCUUGAUGUACAAGGCCCACACGGAGGGCAGCACUGUCGUGAGGCCUCUUCUCCAUGAGUUUGUGUCUGACCGGGCAACCUGGGAUGUAGACAGUCAGUUCCUGCUCGGCCCUGCCUUGCUGGUCAGCCCUGUCCUGGAGCCUAAUGCCAGAAAGGUCGCUGCAUAUUUCCCUGGAGCCCGCUGGUAUGAGUACUACUCGGGUUUGGAUAUUAAUGCAAGGGGAGAGUGGAAGAACCUGUCAGCCCCUUUGGACCACAUUAAUGUUCAUGUGCGUGGAGGUUACAUUCUGCCCUUGCAGGAGCCUGCACUGAACACCAACUCCAGUCGGAAGAAUCCUCUUGGUCUCCUCAUUGCCCUGGAUGAGAACAAAGAAGCAAGAGGAGAGCUGUUCUGGGAUGAUGGGGAAUCCAAAGAUACUGUGGCCAACAAUGUUUACCUUUUAUAUGAAUUUUCUGCCACCCAAAACCACUUGGAUGUGAAGAUUUCACAAUCAACCUACAAGGACCCUAACAACUUAGCAUUUCAAGAGAUUAAAAUACUUGGGAUACAAGAACCUGCCAAUGUUACAGUGAAACACAACGGUGUCCUAAUUCAAGCUUCUCCUAAAGUCACUUAUGAUCCUAACCUGAAGGUUGCCAUUAUCUCAGAAAUUAAUCUUGUCCUGGGAGAAGCGUACGUGGUGGAUUGGAGCACAAACAUAAGGGAUAGAGAAAAAAUAGACUGUUACCCCGAUGAGCAUGGAAUUUCUGAAGCAGACUGCACUGCUCGUGGCUGUGUCUGGGAGGAAUCCAGCUCUCCUGGGGUUCCUUUUUGCUAUUUUGUCGAGGAUUUGUACGCUGUCAGCAACAUUCAGUACGACUCACAGGGGGCCAGCGCUGAGAUCUCCUUAAAGUCUUCUCUUUACACCAACACCUUCCCCUCCAGCCCUGUGAAUCCCCUCCGCCUGCAAGUGACCUACCAUAAGGAUGAAAUGCUGCAGUUUAAGAUUUAUGACCCCAACAGUAAUCGUUAUGAAGUCCCAGUCCCUCUGAACAUACCCAGGGUUCCAUCUAGCACCUCUGAGAGCCGGCUGUAUGAUGUCCUCAUUACAAAGAAUCCAUUUGGGAUAGUGAUUCGCCGGAAGAGUACAGGCACUAUAAUUUGGGACUCGCAGCUCCUGGGCUUCACCUUCAAUGACAUGUUCCUCCGCAUCUCCACCCGUCUGCCCUCCUCCUACAUCUAUGGUUUUGGGGAAACGGAGCACAGAACGUUUAGGCGAGACCUGAACUGGAACACAUGGGGCAUGUUUUCUCGAGACGAGCCCCCCGGGUACAAGAAGAAUUCGUAUGGUGUCCACCCCUACUACAUGGGACUUGAGGAGGAUGGCAGUGCCCACAGUGUGCUCCUGCUGAACAGCAAUUCCAUGGAUGUGACUUUCCAGCCCAUGCCUGCCCUGACAUACCGCACCACAGGGGGAAUUCUGGACUUUUAUGUGUUCUUGGGCCCAACUCCAGAGCUUGUCACUCAGCAGUACACUGAGGUGAUUGGUCGGCCUGUGAUGGUGCCUUAUUGGGCCCUGGGGUUCCAGCUGUGUCGCUAUGGAUAUGAGAAUGAUGCUGAGAUCGCCAGCCUGUAUGAUGAUAUGGUGGCUGCCCAGAUCCCCUAUGAUGUGCAGUACUCAGACAUCGACUACAUGGAGCGGCAGCUGGACUUCACCCUCAGCCCCAAGUUUUCUGGGUUUCCAGCUCUGAUCAAUCGCAUGAAGGCUGAUGGGAUGCGGAUCAUCCUCAUUCUGGACCCAGCCAUUUCUGGCAAUGAGACCCAGCCCUACCCUGCCUUCACUCGAGGUGUGGAAGAUGACAUCUUCAUCAAGUACCCAAAUAAUGGAGGCAUUGUCUGGGGAAAGGUCUGGCCUGAUUUCCCUGAUGUUGUCAUUAACCCCUCUCUAGACUGGGAGAGUCAAGUGCAGCAAUACCGAGCUUAUACGGCCUUCCCAGACUUUUUCCGCAACUCAACUGUCCUGUGGUGGAAGAGAGAAAUACAAGAGCUCUACACCAAUCCACAGAAUCCAGCGAAGAGCUUGAAAUUUGAUGGCAUGUGGAUUGAUAUGAAUGAACCAUCGAGCUUUGUGAACGGGGCUGUCCCUUCAGGAUGCACAGAUACAACUCUGAACCAUCCUCCCUACAUGCCAUAUUUGGUGGAUAGGAACAAGGGCCUAAGCAGCAAGACCCUGUGUAUGGAGAGUGAGCAGAUCCUCCCAGAUGGCUCCAGAGUGCGUCACUACGACGUGCACAGCCUGUAUGGAUGGUCCCAGACCAGGCCCACCUAUGAAGCUGUGCAGGAAGUGACAGGACAGCGAGGAAUUGUCAUCACCCGCUCCACAUUCCCCUCUUCUGGCCGCUGGGCAGGACACUGGCUGGGAGACAACACGGCUGCAUGGGACCAGCUGAAGAAAUCUAUCAUCGGCAUGAUGGAGUUCAGCCUGUUUGGCAUAUCCUAUACCGGGGCAGACAUCUGUGGGUUCUUUCAAAAUGCCGAAUAUGAGAUGUGUGCUCGCUGGAUGCAACUGGGGGCCUUUUAUCCCUUCUCCAGGAACCACAAUGGCAUCGGCACCAGGAGACAAGACCCUGUAUCCUGGGAUGCUGCCUUUGUGAAUAUUUCCAAAAGUGUGUUGGAGACCAGAUACACCCUGUUACCGUACCUGUAUACCUUGAUGCACAAGGCCCACACGGAGGGCAGCACUGUCGUGAGGCCUCUUCUCCAUGAGUUUGUGUCAGACCGGGAGACCUGGGAUGUAGACAGUCAGUUCCUUCUGGGUCCUGCCUUGCUGGUCAGCCCUGUCCUAGAGCCUAAUGCCAGAAAUGUUAAUGCAUAUUUCCCUGGAGCCCGCUGGUAUGAUUACUACACAGGUGAGGACAUUAAUGUAAGGGGACAGUUGAAGAACUUGCCAGCCCCUCUGGACCACAUUAAUCUUCAUGUCCGUGGGGGCUACAUCCUGCCCUUGCAGGAUCCUGCGCUGAACACCAAUUUAAGCCGUCAGAACUUCAUGGGCUUCAAGGUGGCCUUAGAUGAUGCGAGAACUGCUGAAGGAUGGCUUUUCUGGGAUGAUGGGCAGAGCAUUGAUUCUUAUGGAAAAGGACACUAUUAUUUGGCCAGGUUUUCUGUCAGCCAGAAUACAAUGCAGAACCAUAUAAUUUUUAACAAAUACAUUGUUGCUUCAAACCCUUUGAAACUGGGCUACAUUGAAAUCUGGGGAGUGGACAGUGUCUCCACUAGCAACGUGACCAUCUCUGUGAGCAACAUGGAUAUGAUGGUCCCUGCCACCUACAACUCUACAAAACAGAUGGCCAAGAAGCUCACUGUCUUGGAAGUCCUUCUGAUCAUCUUCAUCCUGAUAGCUGUAGUUGCAGACAUCCUGUUGCUAUUUCUUCUUUUGGAGGGACGUUCAGAAUCUUCAUUUACUCCAGAGUGCCCCAAGAUCCCUCAGUCGGAAAGAAUAGACUGCGCACCUCACCACACAGUGACAGAGGAUAUCUGCAGAAGGCAGUAUAAGUGCUGUUGGGAUCCCGUGGCAGAUACCAAUGCUCCUAGUUGCUUCUUCCCCAGGAACUGGGGUUAUGAAGUCAGCAGUGGCCUUGAACAUACAAGCAUGGGGUUCACUGCCCAGUUGAAAAAGAUUCCAUCCCCAUCUCUAUUUGGAAAUGAUGUAACUGAUGCCCUCUUCACUGCUGAAUUUCAGACAUCCAAUCGUUUUCACUUUAAGAUUACUGAUCCCAAUGAGAUUCGUUAUGAGGUACCCCACGAAAACAUCAAGCCCAGUAAUGGAACUACUGAUACCUCGGGUUUGAGCUACCACAUAGAGGUCACCAACACGCCCUUCAGCAUCAAAGUAAUGAGGAUGAGCAACAAAAGAGUCCUGUUGGACACAAGCAUUGGGCCCCUUCAGUUUGCCUAUCAGUACCUGCAGCUGUCUUUCCGCCUGCCCAGCACCAAUGUGUACGGGCUGGGGGAGCAUGUGCACCAGCAGUACCGCCAUGACAUGAACUGGAAAACCUGGCCCAUCUUCACGCGGGACACGACCCCCACCGCGGGCCUGAUCAAUCUAUAUGGAGCACAUACAUUCUUCUUGUGCCUUGAGGGUACCAGUGGCUUCUCAUUUGGAGUUUUUUUGAUGAACAGUAAUGCCAUGGAGGUUGCCCUUCAGCCUGCUCCUGCAAUCACUUACCGCACAAUUGGAGGCAUUCUUGACUUUUAUGUGUUCCUGGGUAACACUCCAGAGCAAGUGGUCCAGGAAUACCUGGAGCUUGUUGGGCGACCAUUCUUGCCUUCCUACUGGAGUCUUGGGUUCCAGCUUAGUCGCAGGAAUUAUGGUGACAUCAAUGUAUUGAAGGAGGUUGUAAGGCGAAAUCGUGAAGCUGGGAUCCCUUAUGAUGUCCAGUACUCAGACAUAGACUAUAUGGAUGGAAAGAAAGAUUUCACUAUUGAUGAACAAGCUUACUACAACCUUUCAGGUUUUGCCAAAGAAUUACAUAACAAUGGACAGAAAUAUAUAAUUAUGAUGAAUUCUGGCAUCUUCAGGGACCCUAACUACAUGACUUACAACAAUGGAAGCAUAAAGAGAGUGUGGAUCUUGGAAAGUAAAGGCUUUGCAGUUGGGCAGGGAUAUCCGGGGAAGGUAGUCUUUCCUGAUUUCAGCAAUCCAGUGUGUACUCAGUGGUGGACAGAGCAAUUCACUGACUUUCAUAACCGCCUGGAGUUUGAUGGAGUGUGGAUUGAAAUGGAUGAAGUCUCUAGUUUUCUCCAAGAUUCUGAUCAACAGUGUGAAUCAAACAUCUUGAACUUUCCUCCUUUUACUCCCAAAAUUCUGGAUGGCUUACUGUUUGCCAGAACCCUCUGCAUGGACACAGAGUUUCACUGGGGCCUUCACUAUGAUGUCCACAGCUUGUAUGGCUACUCCAUGGCAAGAGCUACAGAUGUGGCUAUGGAUACCAUCUCCCCCAGUACUAGGAAUUUCAUCUUAUCUCGUUCAACUUUUGCUGGAUCUGGCAAAUUUGCUGCUCACUGGCUGGGAGACAACGCAGCCAUGUGGGAUGACCUCCGGUGGUCAAUCCCCAGUAUUCUUGAGUUCAACCUGUUUGGUAUUCCCAUGGUAGGUGCUAAUAUCUGUGGUUACACAAGACAUGUCACAGAGGAGCUCUGUAGAAGGUGGAUGCAGCUAGGAGCAUUUUACCCACUAUCAAGGAAUCACAAUGGGCCUGGUUUCCAUGACCAGGACCCGGCUGCCUUUGGUUUUGACUCUCUGCUGUUGAACUCCUCCAGACAUUAUCUGAAUAUUCGCUACACACUUCUUCCCUAUCUCUACACCCUCUUCUACCGUGCUCACACCCUGGGGGAGACGGUAGCAAGGCCCUUGGUACAUGAGUUCUACCAGGACCCAAUGACAUGGGAGGUGCAUGAGCAGUUCUUAUGGGGGCCCGGACUCCUCAUCACACCUGUUUUAUAUGAAGGUGUGGACCACGUGAAAGCAUACAUACCUGAUGCCAUCUGGUAUGACUAUGAGACAGGAGUGGCUGUCCAGUGGAGGAAACAGUUUGUGGAUAUGCUGCUCCCUGAUGACAGGAUAGGGCUCCACCUUCGAGGGGGCUACAUAUUCCCUACCCAGCAGCCAAACACAACAACAGAGACCAGCCGGAAAAAUUCUCUGGGACUCAUUGUUGCCUUGGACUAUAAGAGAGAAGCAAAGGGAGAGCUGUACUGGGAUGAUGGUGUGGCUAAAGAUGCUGUGGCUGAAAAGAAGUAUAUUCUGUAUGAUUUCUCUGUUUCUUCUAACCGUCUACAAGCAAAGAUUAAAAAUAAUAAUUACAUGGACCCCAACAACCUCAUGUUUACAAAUAUCAGAAUCUUUGGAAUGGACAAGGAGCCAACUAACUUUGCUGUUUUUUCUAACAAUGUUCCCACCCCCAUUUCAAGCGCUGUCUAUGAUACUUCAAUACAGGUGGUGACCAUCACUGAUCUCAAGGGACUGGUCAUGGGACAAGAAUUCUCAAUUGAAUGGAAUCUCCCAGUCAGCGAUCUAGAGAAGUUUAACUGCUACCCAGAGGAUCCUUUUGCUUCUGAGGAGAGCUGUAGGCAGCGGGGGUGCCUUUGGGAGCACACGACUACUCCUGGUGUGCCCACCUGUUUCUAUGACACCAUUCCUCGCUAUGCUGCCAGUAACAUCCAGUACCUGCCCAUGGGCAUCACCACUGACCUGGUCUUCCUAGAGACCCUGGCAUCUGCACGAGCAGCAGCAGCUCCACUGUCACCGGCAGCAGCCUCUGUUGUUUCUAAUUCUCUCUCUGGAGAGAUCAAUUCCCUCAAACUGAGUGUGGUCUACCACACAGAGAACAUGCUGCAGGUCAAGAUCUAUGAUUCCACUAAUAAAAGGUAUGAGGUCCCAGUGCCUUUGAAUACACCUCCCUCACCAGUGGACUCCCCUGAGAACUGCCUGUACGAUGUCAGGAUUCAGACCACUCCUUUUGGAAUCCAGGUUCUUCGCAAAGGCUCCGGUACUGUGAUUUGGGAUUCUCAGCUCCCUGGCUUCACCUUCAACGACAUGCUCCUUUCCAUUUCCACCCGCCUCCCCUCUCAGUAUAUCUAUGGUUUUGGGGAAACUGAGCACACGACGUUCAGAAGAAACAUGAGCUGGAACACAUGGGGGAUGUUUGCCCAUGAAGAGCCACCAGGGUACAAGAGGAAUUCUUAUGGUGUCCACCCCUACUACAUGGCAUUGGAAGAAGAUGGCAGUGCCCAUGGAGUGCUCCUGCUGAACAGCAAUGCCAUGGAUGUGACACUCCAGCCCACUCCUGCCCUGACAUACCGCACUAUAGGAGGGAUUUUGGACUUUUAUAUGGUUUUGGGACCAACUCCUGAGCUUGUAACUCAGCAGUACACUGAGUUGAUUGGUCGACCAGCAAUGAUUCCAUACUGGGCCUUGGGAUUCCAGCUGAGUCGCCGUGGAUACCAGAGUGAUUCUGAAAUCUCCAGUUUGUAUGAUGCAAUGGUAGCAGCCCAGAUUCCCUAUGACGUUCAACAUGUAGACAUCGAUUAUAUGGACCGGAAGCUGGACUUCACCCUCAGCCCCAACUUUCAAAAUCUUGGUCUCGUGGUUGAGCAAAUGAAGAAAAAUGGCACAAGAUUUAUUCUCAUUUUGGACCCAGCCAUUUCUGGAAAUGAGACACAUUAUCUCACAUUCACCAGAGGACAGAAAGACAACGUGUUCAUUGAAUGGCCGGACACCAAUGAUGUUGUCUGGGGAAAGGUUUGGCCAGAGCUGCCCAAUGUAAAUAUAGAUGAAUCCCUUGACCAUGAGACUCAGGUUAAGCUGUACCGGGCCCACGUUGCUUUUCCUGACUUCUUUCGUAAUAGCACAACUGCAUGGUGGAAGAAGGAAAUACAAGAGCUCUACUCAAACCCUCGAGAACCAGCGAAGAGUUUGAAGUUUGAUGGACUGUGGAUUGAUAUGAAUGAGCCAUCAAACUUUAUGGACGGAUCUGUUGAGGGCUGCCGCAAUGAAAUUCUCAAUAACCCACCCUAUAUGCCAUAUUUGGCAUCUAGGGACAGAGGCCUGAGCAGUAAGACCCUAUGCAUGGAGAGUGAGCAGAUCUUGCUGGAUGGCUCCUCGGUGCAACACUACGACGUCCACAGCCUAUAUGGGUGGUCCCAGACCAGGCCCACGUACGAGGCUGUGCAGGAGGUGACAGGACAGCGAGGAAUUGUCAUCACCCGCUCCACAUUCCCCUCCUCUGGCCGCUGGGCAGGACACUGGCUGGGAGACAACACGGCUGCAUGGGACGAGCUGGGGAAAUCUAUCAUCGGCAUGAUGGAGUUCAGUCUCUUCGGAAUACCUUAUACAGGAGCAGACAUCUGUGGGUUCUUUGGAGAUGCCGAAUAUGAGAUGUGUGCUCGCUGGAUGCAGCUGGGGGCCUUCUAUCCAUUUUCUAGGAAUCACAACACCAUUGGAACCAGGAGACAAGAUCCUGUGGCCUGGAAUUCAACCUUUGAGAUGUUCUCAAGAAAAGUCCUGCAGACCAGGUACACCCUGCUGCCUUAUCUCUACACCCUGAUGUACAAAGCUCACACGGAGGGCAGCACUGUCAUUCGAUCUCUCCUACAUGAGUUUACACAUGACAGAUCAACUUGGGAUAUAGACCGCCAAUUCAUGUUGGGCCCUGCUGUUUUGGUCAGCCCUGUGCUGGAAAGUAACACUUCUGAGAUCUUGGCUUACUUUCCCAGAGGCCAGUGGUAUGAUUAUAGCAUGGAAUAUGGCCAUGAAUCUACAGGUGUUUGGGAAAUACUGAAGGCUCCCCUCGACCACAUCAACCUUCAUGUCAGAGGAGGCUACAUUCUGCCUUGGCAAGAGCCUGCAAUUAACACUCAUUCCAGUCGACAAAAUUUUAUGGGACUGACUGUUGCUUUAGAUGAUGGUGGGAAAGCUGAAGGUCAGAUAUUCUGGGAUGAUGGACAAAGCAUUGAUACCUAUGAAAAUGGAAACUAUUUUCUGGCAAAGUUUGCAGCAGCUGAGAAUACCUUGCAUAUCCAAGUCAUACACAAUAAGUUUUUAAGUGACUCAAAUCCUCUGAAAGUUGGCUAUAUUAAAAUUUGGGGUGUGAACUCUACUUAUGUGACACAAGUCAAUUUCACCUAUGACAACCAGCAAUUCACAGAGACCAACUUGAAGAGUGACCCUUCCAAUCAGACACUAACUAUUGUAUUAACUGACAAGAAUAUCAACCUGGAAAAAUUAACUGAGAUUAUUUGGAUUCAUAGUGAUCCUGUAGUUACCAGUCCAACUAUGACAAGUACCAGCACCAUGAGUACUCAUCCAUUUCCAACUACUACAGAGACUUCCAGUGCUGAGACUACCAUCAGUUCUGGUAGUGCAAGUACUGCCAUGGUUCCAGUCACAAGCACAUCUUCUGCAAGUUCUGUUCAUGUUACCAGUACUCCUGUUAUUCAUGAUACAACUACUCCCUUCUAUACAAGUACCGCCACUAUAAUGACUACCGUCACUGCCUCUAUUCCAACCACACAUUAUACACCAAAUACUACUUACAUUACAACUAGUACUUCUGCUCCUCAUACAACUACUUCUUUCACUAAAAGUACUAUUAUCACUAGCAUUAGUGACAUUUUUCCUAUCAAAACCACAAAUUAUGCAACAGGUAAUAUUGGUGCUACAACUGCUAGUAUUACUGUUCCUGAUACAAUUUCUCCUUUCCUUACUACUGAAAGCACUAGCACUACAGUUCCUAUAAGCACCAUUCCUUUCCCAAAAAAUACUACGAAUGUCACCACAAGUAUUUCUGCCUCUGAUAUAACUACUCUUUUCCCUACCACUGUGAGCACCACUGCUAUUGCUCCUGUCACUACCAUUCCUUUUCCAACUAAUAUUUCUAGUGUCACCAUUAGCACUACCUCCCCUGAUACCACUCCCUUCCCCAUUAGUGUUAGUACUAAUACUACUGUUCCCCUCAGUACCAUUCCUUUCCCAACAAAUUCUACAAAUGUCACCACUACUACCACGACCCCUGAUGCUACUAACUUCUCCACUAUUGUGAGUACUGGUACUACCAUUCCCUUCAGUACCAUUUCUUUCCCAACACAUACUACAAAUGCCACCACUAGUACUAAUGCUCUUGGUACUACUCCCUUCCCCACUGCUGUGAGCACUGCUACUACUAUUCCUCUCAGUAGCAUUCCUUUCACAACAAAUAAUACAAAUAUUACCACUAGUACUACUGCCCCUGGUACUACUACCUUCCCCACUACUGUGAGUACUACUACUACCGUUCCCCUCAGUACCAUUCCUUUCCCAACAAAUAAUACAAAUAUUACCACUAGUACUAAUGCUCUUGGUACUACACUCUUCUCCACUACACCGAGCACUAGUGCUAUUGUUCACCUCAGUACUAUUCUUUUCCCAACAAAUACUACAAAUGUCACCAUGAAUACUACUGCUUUGGUUACAACUCCUUUUUCCAUGGCUGUGAGCACUAGUACUACUAUUCCUUUCCCAACAAAUACUAAAAAUGUCACCACCAGUACUACUGCCUCUGAUACUACUCCUUUCUCCACUAUUGUGAGCACUAGUACUACUGUUCCCCUCAGUGCCAUUCCUUUCCUGACUUUUACACCGACUAUGACUAUCACCAACAGUACUACUGCCCCUGUUACUACUACUACCUUCCCCACUACUGUGAGUACUAGUACUGCUGUUCCCCUCAGUACCAUUCCUUUCCCAACAAAUUCUACAAAUGUUACCACUACUACCACGACCCCUGAUACUACUACCUUCUCCACUAUUGUGAGUACUAGUACUACAAUUCCCUUCAGUACCAUUCCUUUCCCAACAAAUACUACAAAUGCCACCACUAGUACUAAUGCUCUUGGUACUACUCCCUUCCCCACUGCUGUGAGCACUGCUACUACUAUUCCUCUCAGUAGUGUUCCUUUCACAACAAAUACGACAAAUGUCACCACUAGUACUACUAACCCCUGAUACUACUACCUUCUCCACUAUUGUGAAUACUAGUACUAUCAUUCCCUUCAGUACCAUUCCUUUCCCAACAAAUACUACAAAUGCCACCACUAGUACUAAUGCUUUUGGUACUACUCCCUUCCCCACUGCUGUGAGCACUGCUACUACUAUUACUCUCAGUAGCGUUCCUUUCACAAUAAAUAAUACAAAUAUUACCACUAGUAUUACUGCCCCUGGUACUGCUACCUUCCCCACUACUGUGAGUACUACUACUACUGUUCCCCUCAGUACCAUUCCUUUCCCAACAAAUAAUACAAAUAUUACCACUAGUGCUAAUGCUCUUGGUACUACACUCUUCUCCACUACACCGAGCACUUGUGCUAUCGUUCACCUCAGUACUAUUCUUUUCCCAACAAAUACUACAAAUGUCACCAUGAAUACUACUGCUUUGGUUACAACUUCUUUUUCCAUGGCUGUGAGCACUAGUACUACUAUUCCUUUCCCAACAAAUACUAAAAAUGUCACCACCAGUACUACUGCCUCUGAUACUACUCCUUUCUCCACUCUUGUGA